AUGAAAAUUUUACCUACUACCUACUCACUAACUCAUUUUCUACACAACCCAAGCCAAAGAGAAAACAUAACCAAGAUGUCGAACCGCGCCGAACGUCAAGCCGAAGACGCCUACGAGCGCGAGAACGAUGCCGACGCCCCCGUCUCCGGCGACUACUAUGAUAAUAGCUACGCGUACGAGUCAGGCGAGGGCGGGAAGUUCUCCAUGGGGGUUCCUGUUCAGAGGGACGAAGAGGACUAUGAGGAUCCGAUGCAGCCGCCGUUCUCGAACACUCAGGAGCAGCUUGAACGUGAUGAGCGCGAGGCGAUUGAUAAGUCGAAUAUAAUGAAAGGUGGACUGCGUCAUGCGAAGCCAAGGUAUAAAGGCGGGUACAACGAGGGUCCUGAUGAGGAUGAUUUGCCUGCUGAGGUGGAGGAGACUGGGCAGUCUGAUACUAGGAGAGUCAUCUGA